ACAUGGAGUACUUCCAAAAGGCGAGUCCCUAGUGUUUAUCUAGUAUUAUCUAGAUGCCCCUUAUCUUGUAAAGUUGUCGACGAAAAAAGAAUCGAAAACGAAACUUCGAUUUUGACUUCACUUGAAGAUGAUCUUCUGAUAAAGUAUUCUGGGGUGCUAAUAAACGGAAAAAAAUUAUUUCUGGUCGGACUGACCCUUUGGACAUGGAUGGCGGCUCUCCUCCUGAAAGAUCGAAUUCUGAAAUAAAUCUUGGUAAUUUCGAUGCUUUGGGGAAAGGCAAGGGUGGGAUGUUGCCAGUUUUGCAAGCACAAACCCCCAUGUCCCACACACCUUUCUCCGUGGAUGAUAUCCUGGAUCCAACGAAGUUUACGGGUGCCCGUGCCAGCAGACUGCGGGAAAGCACGUGGCAUCCUUGGCAGAAAGCAGAAUUAUCCGGAAGUGAUUCCGAAAAUGACCAGGACUCUCUUCGAGAAGACUCUAUGUCUCCUCUACCAGAUGUCAUUGAAGUGGCCGAAGCUGACAAUGAAAACAGAGAUGGUUCAUCUGCAAGUCACAGUGGUCACAUGCCACGAUCUAAUGGCAUUCGUUCAUCGGCAACCGAUGACGAAUCUACGGACAAAGAAUCGAGCAAAGGACUCGGUGGCUCUUAUAAAAAGAAAAAAUCGUCUAAUUCGGACAGUAAAGCUGGAAAACCAAGAAGAGCUCGAACAGCUUUUACUUACGAGCAAUUAGUAGCUCUUGAGAACAAAUUCAAAACCACACGGUACUUAUCAGUAUGUGAGCGUUUGAACUUGGCACUAUCCUUACGAUUAACUGAAACACAAGUCAAGAUUUGGUUCCAGAACCGAAGAACAAAGUGGAAAAAACAAAAUCCGGGAAUGGAUGCAAACAGUCCUACUUUGCCUCCAUCUCAAGUCUCCAGCCUUCCCAAUUCUUAUGCUGCAUCUCCGUCAUAUGCAGCAGGAUUGCUUUUUGGCAACCAAUUGCCUUACCUUCCGGCUACUAGCACGUUACCGUAUCCGGUGAUUUCUCCUGCACAACAUUUUGGACAUACAUCCAUGCAUCCUUACCUAACGCAUCUAAGUCAUUCGUAACGCAAAUAACGCGAGUUGUUAUGAGUUGAGCAAAAUUUAAAUAACAAAAACGCUUCAAUGUAAAACUAUUUUGAAAACUUGGAAGUUUAAUUUUAUCUAUUUUGUGGCAAAGCGAGAACAAUUUUUAUGUGCCAAUUAUUUGUUGAAUUCUGUCUGCUCUAUGUUGACUUUGAAUUGUGCGAAAUUAAGUAUAUUUUAAGACAGCUUAGCGUUACUUAGUGCUUAAAAUAUAAGUUUUUAAAAACUUUCUAAAAUUUAUUUCAAAACUUUCCGGUUGCAAAUAUCUCAAAGAACUGCUUUUCUAUCUAGUAGACUUUCAUAUUUAUAGUUACCUUCUUGAUCUUAAUAGACUGGUAAUAACUACAAAGAAAUGUUUUGUUGAUUCAAGUUUAAGUACAAAGGAGAAUAAUUAUAAUUAAUUUAUGAGUUCUAUGGUUAAUGCUCUCUUAAUCUAAAAUCCCAAGGCGUCAAAAUUAAUUGACUUUAAAUAAGCAGUUAAUGAACAAUUUCAAACUUGUUGAAAUUGAUAUCAAAACUUUUAGGUUACAAAUGUCCCAAUGAACUGCUUAUUUAUGUACUAGGCUAUACCAUUUUUAUAACUAUCUCGUGAUCUUUAAAGCUCGGGUAUAGCUUCAAAAUAAAUGUAUAAAUAAAAUAGAAUACUAGAGAUAAAUAUUCGAGACUGAGGGCUAAAAAUAAUCAUUGUUAAUUAUCAGUACUGGGGUUUAUACUUUCUCGAUUUAAGAUUACAAUACGUUUAAAUUAAUUGAUUUUGAUUAACCUAUGGAAAAAUUAAUUUCGAAACUUGUCAUUUAAAAAUGCCUAACAGUGAUCGAACAUACACUAAAAAGUAAAAAAUGAUAGAAAUUCAUUUUAUUUGUUUUCAAUUUAACAAUUCAUUCAUAGCUAAUGCCAGAGAGAUCAGGGAGGUUACCGCUCUAGUCAUCCAGCCAAUAAAGGAGCACCUAAUUCGACGAAAUUAAACGACACUAAAACUAAUACUUUUAUGAUUUAUGAAUUUAUAACGGAAAAAUAUAUUUUUCGAAACAAAGUUGAUAAGGAAGUUCCAGGGCGUUGAAAUUUUAAAGGGAAAAAAAAAUAAAUUCGAGAAAAAAAAAAUUACGAAAAUUAAGUUGGGAAUAAUGAUUUUUAUUCAGUAGAAUAACUUCAGCUAAUAUUUUUGGGAAGAAAUGAACUUUAAAUAUUAAUUUCAAUUUUUAAAAACAUAUAUUUUUCUACCUUUUUUUCUUCUUUUUUUUUGAACAAGAUUUGUUUUAAAUAAGAACCCUCUAGCAGUUGAAUUUCUCUUUUCAAGGGCAUCUAAUGGAAAGUAGUUUUGACCAGGCCUCUACCGCCCUUGUUCGCCACCUGCUUUAACCGUACAUUACUAUUAUCAAGUUUAUAUAUUUAAAUUUAAAACACUUACGGACAACAAUUUUCAGUAACUAACUAAAACUUAUACGGAAAUUUCACGACUUUUAAUCUCCUUUCAUUAAAAAAGUAGAGAUUUUUUGAAAAAAUGUAUAUUUUUCUGAAUUUCAAAAUGUUGACUUCUAGAUAUUACUUCUAUAGCAUCAUUUUAUGGAGUUGAAAAAUAUAAAUUUUAAACAUAAUUGCUGCUGCUGUCUUAAAAUACACUCAUGAAUUAAAAAAUGUACAAAAUAUAUAUAACUUUUUUUGAUAUUUCGAAUAUAUAUUGUGCAAUACAUACGUAUCAUCUUCCUUAUAUUUUAAUUAUGCCUUUUUAAGGAAUAUAAUUUCUAAAAUUUUAUUUUCAUAAUUUGAAUAUUGUAUCCUUAAAACCCAUUAUAUGGAAAUGGGGAUAAUAUUCGCGUGGGAAAAUGUCAUGAUAUUCUUGCUUUCCUAAAACACAGUUUUAAUCGAUGAUACCUCAUCAAUGUAUAAAUUAUAACUGCAAGAGUUUACAGAAGAACUAAAAGAAUUAUUUGGCAAUCAAUAUUCAAUUCACACUUUAUGACGUAUUAUGCCUUAAAAUGUGGAUAUAAAGGAAAACAAAACAUAUUCGGCUAAAGUGUAGUUCCUUAAAUUAUUUUCUACUUUAUGAACUUCAAGCGAACGAAACAUCAGAUGAUAAAGUUCCCAACGACAAAAAACAUUGUAAGUCGAUAUAUCAAAAUAUCGAUUGAUUUGUAAAUUGAACAUUUUACGAGAAAAUUUCUGUGACUUCGAGCUUAUUCGUGAAACACUGUCUAUGCAGUAGAUUUUAAAUUUCGUCUACGCAGUUGAGAUUCAAGUGAAGGAAGAGACAAAACAACAUUUAAGUUGUUAUAAUGUGAAAUGAACUUGAAAGUGAUCAAUUAAAGUUUUUGUAUAAAUCAGAAUGAGUAUUAAAAUAAGUAUUCACAAUUUUA